GUGUAAAAACAUUCGAUGGUGUUUGGUUGAUUCGAUUUUUUUUCAUUUUUCACCAUCAAGUUUAUCUCUUUUAGAAAAUUGAAAUUUUGGUUUGAUUUCUUUACUUUGAAACAACAUUGGUAAGAUAAACGAUAAUGGCUGUUGAUUAUACAUUACCGAAAUCGGAAUUACCUGCACCGAUUCGUGUUUCACCAUUUAUUCGAUUUUGCCGUUGGAGUCUUCUUAUAGCCGGAGUUGCCUAUGGAAUGAAACAUCAUAGAACAUUGGCCGAACGUGAACGUUUACAUCGUAUUAAACUUCGUGAACAAAAACUAAUCUGGGAUGAAGAACAACGUAUAUUGGCUAAUCGUCGAACUCGAGAACAAUUAUUGUCAUUGGCUAAAGAAAUAAAUGUACCAAUACCGGAUGAUUUUGAUAAACAAUAUCCACCCGUAUAAUCAUCCUUAACAAAUUUCUUAUCCAAAUUGAAUAGCCCAAAAUUCCUUCAUCGAUAUUCAAAUCGAGAAUUUCGGGUCGUCAAAAUGAAAAAUUUAGUGUUAAAUAAUAAUAACAAAAUGAAUAAAUAAAUAAAAAUUUUCUUCAAAAUCAGA